ACCCCAGCAUCAAGCAACCGCUGAUCUGCUUUCUGUUUCUACAGAGUUGUUUUGCCUGUGUUAAAGUUUUAUGUAAAUGGAAACAUGCUGUAUGUGCUUUUUGAUAUACGGCUUCUUUUGCUCAUUAUUGCUUUUGAGAUCCAUCCCUCUUGCUGCAGGUCAGUAAUUUAUUCCUCUUUGGCAGGUGUGCUGGCCACGUCUUCCUCCUCUGUCUGAUCACCAUGAUGUCACCAACAUAACCCAUCAGUGUGAUGUUCUUUGGGAUUUCCGAGUGAUCCAGAUCUCUUGGACUAUAUUAUGACAAACGGCAGGAUGUUCCCAGGGGAUCAGAACCCAGAGGACCAGAACUCAGAGGAGCAGUUUUUCUAUGAUCUCAUUUUCAGGCUCUUCAAAGAGAAUAAGGUGGAGAUUGCAAGUGCAAUAACAAAACCAUUUCCUCUCCUUAUGGGCCUCCGGGACCGUGGCUUCAUCCCUGAGCAGAUGUAUGAACAUUUUCAAGAAGCCUGUAGAAAUCUGGUCCCAGUGGAGAGAGUGGUGUAUGAUGUUCUCAGUGAACUGGAGAAGACAUUUGACAAGAGUGUUCUGGAUGCACUGUUCAGCAAGGUUAACCUGAGGGCCUAUCCUGAUUUACUUGAGAUUUGCAGAAGCUUCCAAAAUGUGAUUCAAGACUACUUUCAAUAUCAAAUCACUGAUGAGGAAGAGACAAAGGAGAUGCUCACCUUCCAAUUAAACCAUGAACAAGGUAAUUUAUUCCAGAUCCCUAGUUCUAGAAAGCAACAGGAUGAGAGUUGUUGUUUUCUAGAUACUGUGGAUCUUGGAAACAACUCUACUUUGGGAAAACCCAAGAGGAAAAGAAAAAAAAAGAAAGGGCAUUCCUGGUCAAGAAUCAAAAGGAAGUGGCAGGGAAACACACAUCGAAAAGACAACAGCAAAGCUGCUGGCCGGUUGGUCUCAAGUGGAGAGAAGGUGAAAAUGAAUCUACAAGACCCUGCCAAGAUUAGAAGGAAAAUGAGAGGCAAAUAUGCAGUCCACUUAACUGGUAGUCACAGAGCCCCACAGACAAGAAUCCGGCCAAGAGGGUCAAGAAAGUACAGAGGUAAAAGUGUGGAUUUUCGCUCUCAAAUACUCCCUGUGACCUGUGGUCAGCUGAAGGGGACAUUAUAUAAGAAGAAAUUGAAACGAGGAGCCUUGGUGAAGAGUAUACAGCGUGAAGAUGGAAAGUGGCUCACUCCCAGGGAAUUUGAAGUCAAUGGAGGCUUUGCAAGAUCAAAGAACUGGAAGCUGAGUGUGCGCUGUGGUGGGAGGCCCCUACGAUGGCUGAUGGAGAAAGGAUUUCUACACAAUCCUGCAAGAACUUAUGGCAGGAGACAAAGGAGAAUACUGAAGUCUCACAACAAUGCCUUAGUUGACCCUUAUGUAAGAAACUCAGAUGUAUGUGAGAUGUGCCGGGAUGGAGGAUGGCUGUUCUGCUGCGAUACUUGUUCAAGAUCCUUUCAUAAGGACUGUCACAUCCCACCUGUGGAAACUGAGCGGAGCCCGUGGAGUUGCUCCUUCUGCAGGGUGAAGGAGUCUUCAGGAAGCCAGCAGUGUCAUGGAGAAUCUGAGGUCCUGGCAAGGCAGAUGGGGCCUGAGGAGCAGUUGAAAUGUGAGUUCCUCCUCCUGAAGGUCUAUUGCCAUUCAGAGAGCUCCUUUUUUGCGAAGAUUCCAUAUUAUUAUUAUAUUAAAGAGGCUUCUCAAAAACUAAAACCCAUGUGGUUGGACAAAAUCAAGAAGAGGCUAAGUAAGCAGGGUUACCCCCAAGUCGAAGGGUUUGUGCAGGACAUGCGCCUCAUCUUUCAGAACCACAGGGCGUCUUACAAGUACAAUGACUUUGGCCUAAUGGGACUUAGACUGGAGGCUGAAUUUGAGAAGAAUUUCAAGGAAGUGUUUGCUAUUCAGGCAACAAAUGAGAACAGCUCACCAGUGUAGUGGAUGCUGGUGGUACCUUGGGAACCCCCCUUGGAGCAGGCUUCUCAUCCUCCAGCUGCUGUGAGGGUUGGCUGCUGAUGCCACCCCUCCCCAGAGUAUUGCCUUCUGCCAAAUGGAGCCAGCUUCAUCUGCACAUUACUCCUCCUCGACCUGGAGCCUGCCCCAGCCCCAAGGUGGAACCAUCUGUGUGGUGUGUGAUUCAGGCUCCUGUGCUCCCCAUGGGAUCAGGCUGGAGCUAGUCUCCAGCUGUGACAACAUCCUUGCUUAGCUUUUCCCAUCACAGUAUCUUGCUUCCUUCACUUCUCCUGAGAGAACUCUCACAAUAAAUCACUUACUUAAGAGCCUUUAUCUCAGACUCUGCUCUAGGGAACACAGCUUAAGAUAAUAGACCUAGCAAGCAGGCCCUAAGGAUGGGGUUCUGCAGUUGGAUCACUGUCUAGCAGAUGGUGACAGGUAGAAUACCAAUAUCCCUGGGGUGCUGUAACAGUGCAGUUGUCAGACUUUCACCUGUAGGAAACUGGAUGAGAUAAAGGGGAAGAGAUAUACUAGCUGGUGCAAUUGUCUGGCAUUUACAAAGGCAGAAAUAGUAACUAUAAGAUCUGUGGAUUUGGGUGGGUAUUGCUAAGUGCUGCUAAUGUGUUAAAAAGAGUAAAUGAAGGGCUUAAAUCUACGAAUCACCACCUAAAGCAAAGAGACCCUCAUACCUGCAGCUGGAAGGCAGACAGUAAGGAAGGCCCAGCACCAGCCCUAAUUAUAAGAAUGGCGUAAUUUCAGAGAAGUCUGAAUUCUAAGCUCAGAAUGGUCCUUUAUGCCAAAGUCAGGGCCGUGAUAAAUAAGGAGUAAAGCCUUGAAACUCAGAAUGGGUCUUUCUAGGAAGAUGCACAUGAGAACCUUGAAGUCCAGAUCCCCUUGAACCCACUGGUCAGAAUUCCUACCCCUUGUUAGAAGACAGACCCCCUACCCUCCCAAACAUCUUGUCUGAAUGAGGACUACGUGGAGUCCUCUCAGCAUGACCCAACUGGGAUCCUGGGUUGUCCUGCUAGCUGAACAAAGGGUUUACUCCAAUGGAGCUGCAGGACUGGCCAACAAGUACCAGCAGGAGCCAGGAGAUUGCGUCUGGGAGUGAUCCUGGAUGAAGUAAGGUGGAAUAUGAAACUGGAGAAGAGAGAAUUGUCAAUACAGGUGCACUCCCCUGUACCACAGAGUUUAAUUAGCCUGGCAAGGGCCAAAGGUGAUGACUCUGAUAUCCUCCCAAGUGGCUCUUUGAGGCUUGAUAUAAGCCACAGAACACACUAGAUGAAGUGGAAGUAGAGAUACCAGAUGUGCCAGGGCAGACUAUGGAAAAGGGGAAUCUGAAGGCCUAGGGAAAUUUGCAUGGCUCUACUCUCCACAACUGGAAAACCAUCCAUCAGGUGACUGGGUUCCUUAGGAGGCCUCAGAGAUGCUAACUUAACAAGGUGAUAAGGAACACGUGGCUGAGGGGGCACCAGCAUCCUUGAGAUUCUCAGUGGGGUCUGUCCACUGGAAGUCGGAAUAAUAUAGGAAUGUUUUACGGAACUGGAUUCCCUAGUCACAAUGGAAAUGACAGGAUUCCAGAGUAAUGGAAGCCAGGUGGCAGCAUUUAAUUGUCAGAGCAAGAAAAAAUAAUUUCUUAAAUGGGCAGCAAGGUUAGAAUGACAGCAAGGGGUACCUGGCCCAUAGAUGUGUAUGGAGAUUGCUAAUAGGACACAGUGUUCUUAUAGACAUGACAGAUGGCCAGCCAACAAGGACAUUGCUUCAUAUAUAUCAUCAAAAGAGAUUAAAAAUAGGUGAGUAGAGGGCUGAGAUCAGCUAUCUCAAUAAAAAGUGAAGAUCCU